AUGGGUACGGUCGGCGAUGAGGUCAAUGUUGAUGAGCUCGGGGAUAUAGAUUGGGAAGAAGAUAAUAAUGAUAGCGAAGAGAAAUUUGAAGUUAACUAUGAAGUCGAUGACGAAAACGAUGACGAAGACUUGGCAAGCAAUCCGGUGAUGCAGAAUGAGGCGGAUGCCAUUGUAAGCCAACACCCAUUUGGUGUUCCAUCUUUUAUGCGAACUCUAGAUCUCGAAGCCAUGCAUGUCCCGGAAUUUUCUGAGUAUGCGAAUACGGGUGAAGGCAACGUUGCGGAGGAAGAUGGCGAGUUUAGUGUCGGAAUAGAAUUUGGUUCAAGAGAGUCGGUGAUAUCUGCAAUCAAAAGUUACACCAUCUCUAGAGGAGUUGAUUACACUGUGUAUGAGUCUGAGCCGCAUACAUUCUAUGCGAAAUGCAAGGGGUAUGGUGCAGGGUGCGACUGGCUUAUCCGAGCUAGCUUGAUUCGAAAAAAAGCUUGUUGGGAGAUCAUGAGAUACAAUGGCAAGCACACGUGCACCAUUGGCACGAUUUCACAAGAUCAUGCCAAGUUGGACUCGGACACAAUUGCAGAUGUCAUUAGGUCGUUGGUCGAAGCAGACCCCUCGAUAAAGGUGAAGUCUGUUAUUGCAGAAGUUCAAGGCAGGUUCAACUACACUGUGAGUUAUCGCAAGGCUUGGUUGGCAAAGCAGAAAGCUGUCGCAAAAGUUUUCGGUGAUUGGGAAGUUUCUUACCAGACUCUGCUAGUAUGGUUGAAAGCAAUGACAGUGAAGAUGCCAAGGUCUCGUGUUCAAAUUAAAAUGCUCCCCGUUUACCAUGAGAGUGAGGAGGUUCAAGGUGUAAGAGUUCUGCACCGCGUUUUUUGGAGCUUUUAUCCGUGUAUUGUAGCAUUCAGACACUGCAAGCCACUGGUGAUUAUCGAGGGCGAGACAGCGACGCAUGGUUACAACUUAUAUCGUCAACUCCCAUGUCGUCAAGUCCUCGCCUAA